UUGGCGGGAGACCGGCGGAAUGGCGGCGGCGGCGGACGGUGGGGCUCCGGGGGCGGACUCGGACGGCUGUAGCGAGGAGCUGGUGCUCACCCCGGCGCAGCUCAUCCGUAGCCUGGAGCAGGCCUGGCUGAAUGAGAAGUUUGCUCCAGAGCUGCUGGAGAGCAAACCUGAGGUCAUCGAGUGUGUUGUGGAGCAGCUGGACCAUAUGGAGGCAAACUUGAAACGGGCAAAGAGAGGAGACUUGAAGGUCAGCAUUCACCGCAUGGAGAUUGAAAGGAUCCGUUAUGUGCUCAGCAGCUACUUGCGAUGUAGGCUUGUGAAGAUAGAGAAGUUUUUCCCCCAUGUCCUGGAGAAGGAGAAGUCUCGAACCGAAGGGGAGCCUUCCAUUCUGUCACCAGAGGAGUUUGCUUUUGCUAAAGAGUAUAUGGCAAACACAGAGACUUACCUGAAAAACGUGGCCCUAAAACACAUGCCACCCAACCUGCAGAAAGUGUCUCUCCUAAAAUCAGUUCCGAAGCCCAACCUGGACUCCUUUGUGUUCCUGAGGGUGUUGGAGCGGCAGGAGAACAUCCUGGUUGAGCCAGAGACAGAUGAGCAGAGAGAGUACGCCAUUGACCUGGAGGAGGGCUCACAGCAUCUCAUCCGAUACAGGACCAUAGCCCCACUGGUGGCUUCGGGAGCGGUGCAGCUCAUCUGAAGGGCUUUUCCAGGUGUAUAGCGCGCGGGCCGUCGCGCCC